AUGGCGUCCGCCCGUGCUAGACUCGCUGAGCUGCGGGCCCUCCGUGCCUCGGGGAAAAAGCGUCUGUCGACGUACGAAAUCGAGGAGCAGGGCGAUAUCUACGAGGAAGUUGACGAGGAGGGAUACAAGAAGGUCAUCCGGACUAGACUUGACGAGGACGAUUUCGUUGUCGACGACAACGGUGAGGGUUACGCGGAUGAUGGUCGCGAGGUGUGGAAUGAGCGGAACGGAGGAUACAGUGAUGAGGAGAGCGAGGACGACGAACUGCCUGCUCGGAGUAAAGCUGCGAAGCGCAAGCGCGAGGAAGAGAAGCAGCGUAAAGAGAAGAUCAACAACGGCAUCUCAAAAUACUUCAACAGUGGUGCGGCUGCUGCUGCUCCGAAGCCCAAGCCCGUUGCUACAGCAGAAGACGAUGCUUUCAUGGCAGACCUCCUAGGCGAAGUCGACACGAACGUGGUCUCGAACAAAAUCCCUAAGCACAACAUCGUCAAGUCGGAAACCCGCCGAAAAGUCCGCAUCCUGUCCCCUCCCCUGUCCGAAAAGACACGCACGCCGAAGCCCAAACGAAGAGAUGAAAACAGUGACCCUGUCUCGCCCGUUGAAGAACCGACGCUCGACCUGGGUAAUGACGAUGCACCCCUCUUUCAUGCAGACGACGAGGAUAUUCCCAUGAGCGACCCGAUCCCUUCGUCACCAGUCACAAAAGCAUUGGAGCGAAAAGCGAUUGUCCCUAUAAAGAAAGAACCCGAAGACGACGAUGACGACCUGAUGGAAGUUGUACAAGCCACCGGUCAUCAUGAAUCCAAGGCACCAAGUAUCAACAUCUCUGGCAGCCGACCUCCACCGAAGCUCAAGAAGGAGUUGUACCCGACACCCGCUAGCUCUUCUCCUGUGAAGCCUGGCGCAGAAGUUGACGCCUCUUGGAACGAUGUACGCAACAAGCUGAACGUCCUCAGCAGCCCAGCAUCGUCUGAGUCGCGUGUCUUCGGAAAGCUUCGGCCUCAGGAUGUGGUUGAGGAAGACGGAAGCCUACGCAUGUUCUGGCUAGACUACACAGAAAUUAAUGGUAGCCUGUGCUUAUUCGGAAAGGUGAAGAAUAAGAAAACGGGCUCCUACGCGAGUGCAUUCGUCAAGAUCGAUCAGAUUCUCCGGAAGCUCUACUUCCUUCCCAGAGAAUACAGACAGAAGCAGGGCCAAACCACUGACGAGGAGAUCGACAUGGAAGACGUCUACCAUGAAGUCGAUCAGAUGAUGUCGAGGCUGAAAGUGAAUAUGCACAAGAUCAAAGAAUGCACUCGCAAGUAUGCAUUCGAGAUGCCCGGCGUGCCGAAAGAGACGCAGUACCUGAAGCUCCUUUACCCAUAUGACAAGCCCGCACUUCCCAUGGAAACCAAGGGAGAGACCUUCUCACAUGUUUUCGGAACGAACACUUCCUUGUUCGAGCAAUUUGUCCUCUGGAAAAACAUCAUGGGCCCCUGCUGGCUUCAAUUCGACGAACCCGACUUCUCCGCUGUCAAUAACGCCUCCUGGUGUAAAUUCGAAUGUGCGACAUCAAAACCAGCACUUAUCUCGCCAGUUCCUGACACUGAGAACCUCGACCCACCCACUCUCACGUUGAUGAGUCUUGCCUUCCGAACACAGCUUAAUGUCAAGGAGAACAAGCAAGAGAUCUUGAUCGCCAGCGCGCGAGUCUACGAGAAUGUCUCGCUGACAGAGACCGCUCCUCCGGAAAAGCUUCCUUGCAAGACUUUCACGGUCAUGCGGCCUGCGGGUUCCUCAUAUCCGGUGAACUUCGAAGCUGAUAUUCGGAAACAACGAGGAACAUAUUUGCUGGAGAAGAGCGAACAGUUCUUGCUGAGCAAGUUCUUGGCUUUGUUUGACAAGAUGGACCCAGAUGUUCUGAUGGGUCAUCAGCUACAGGAAGUCGACCUCAGCAUUCUGCUUAGCAGAUUGAAGGAAAAGAAGACGCCUGGCUGGCACCGUCUGGGUCGAUUGAAGCGUGGAGAGUGGCCUAAGAACUUCAAUCGAGGAGGCGGAUUUUUUACUGAAAGGCACCUCGUGGCGGGACGAUUAGUCUGUGAUGUGGCCAACGACAUGGGCAAGUCUCUCAUGAUGAAAUGUCAGUCUUGGAGUUUGACGGAAAUGUGCGAUCUCUACCUUGGGUCAGGAAACGCAAGGCAAGAAAUCGACAUCGAAGCAGCGCUCAAGACAUGGGCAACUUCAAAGGACGGGCUCGUCAAUUUUGUGAACCACUGCGAUACUGAUACUUACUUCAUCGCCGCCCUGGUUCUCCGUCUUCAGAUGCUGUCUCUGACCAAAGUGCUCACGAACAUUGCUGGCAAUUCUUGGGCACGAACGCUGAGUGGUACACGUGCUGAGCGUAACGAAUACAUUCUGCUUCACGAGUUCCACCGCAACAAGUACAUCUGUCCUGACAAGUACUCGUCCAAACUGCAGAAGGCGGAAGAAAAGGCUCAAGAAGACGAUGACGAAACUACCGAUAAGAAGAAGAAAGACAAAUACAAGGGUGGUCUUGUGUUUGAACCUGAGAGAGGUCUUUACGACCGGUUUGUGCUUGUCAUGGAUUUCAACAGUUUGUACCCCAGCAUUAUUCAGGAGUACAACAUUUGCUUCACUACGGUUGAUCGGACGCCCUCGAGCGAGAAUGAAAACGAGGAAAAGGUGCCAGAAGUCCCUGCCUCCGAUGCGGAGCAGGGUAUCCUCCCGCGCCUCAUCGCAACCCUCGUCGGCCGUCGACGAGAAGUGAAGAAGCUGAUGAAGGACAAGCGCGCGACUCCUGAACAACUCGCCUUGUGGGACACGAAGCAGUUGGCCUUCAAGCUGACCGCCAACUCCAUGUACGGUUGUUUGGGAUACACGCAAAGUCGUUUCUACGCCCGUUCUCUGGCCAUGCUCACGACGUUCAAGGGUCGUGAGAUUCUGCGGAGCACCAAGGAACUGGCAGAGAGCAAACAGCUGAGGGUCAUUUACGGUGAUACUGAUUCCGUGAUGAUCAACACGAAUAUGGACACCAUCAGCGAUGCACUCAAGGUCGGUCAGGAGUUUAAGAACUCCGUCAACGAGCGCUACCGACUGCUGGAGAUUGACAUUGAUAACAUCUUCCGUCGUCUCUUGUUGCACGCCAAGAAGAAGUAUGCUGCUGUCAAUAUGACAGAAGUUGAUGGCAAAUACGUCGAUAAGCUUGAGGUCAAGGGUCUCGAUAUGAAGAGACGUGAGUACUGCGCGCUCUCGAAGGAGGCUUCACAAAGGCUCUUGAACGAGGUCCUUUCUGGCGAGGAUCAGGAGGUCGUCCUCAACAGAAUCCACGACUACCUGCGGGAACUUGCUGGCAAGAUGAGGGAGUACACUGUCCCAGUCCAAAAAUACGUCAUCUACACAAAACUCUCGAAACGCCCCGAAGAGUACCCUAACAAAGAAACCAUGCCUCCCGCCCAAGUCGCCCUCCGCGAGCUCGCCCGCGGCAAGACAAUCCGCCCCAACGACGUUAUCUCCUACAUCGUCACAAACGGCGACUCAGAAACCUCCUCCCUCCCCCCAGCAAAACGCUCCUACACCCUCCAAGACGUCAUGAAAGCCGACUCAGGCCUCAAGCCCGACAUCGAAUUCUACCUCCUUAAACAAAUCUUCCCACCCAUCGAACGUCUCUGCGCCCCGAUCCCCGGUACUGACGCCGUCCGCCUCGCCGAAUGCCUCGGCCUCGACACACGCAAGUACCAAAUCAACACCACCGCCAACAACACCUCGCAGAACACCGAGAUCUUCCCCCUCGAGUCCCAGAUCCCGGACAGCGUACGCUUCGAAAACGCAGCGCGGUUGACGCUCACAUGCCGACACUGCAAGGAGCGCUCCAUCUUCGAGGGCCUCUCCACUUCACUCCACAUGUGCACACCCCAUGGCAUAAUCUGCCCCAAUGCCGCGUGCGGGAAACCCUUCUCCGUCCUCACAAUCGUCGCGCAACUCGAGUCGCAGAUCCGUGCCCAGACCUCAAAGUACUACGAGGGCUGGCUCGUCUGCGACGACUCUGCGUGCGGGAACCGCACGCGGCAGAUCAGCGUGUACGGACACCGGUGUCUUGGACCCAAGGGGUACGCUGAGGGGUGUCUGGGCCGCAUGUCGUACGAGUACACCGAGAAGCAGAUGUAUAACCAGCUGUUGUAUUUUGCGAGUCUGUGGGAUGUGGAUAAGGCGAAGGCUGCGACGGAGAAGGAGAAGGGGGGGGCGAGUGGUGGUAGUGAGAAGAAGGAGAGUGUUGCUGCACUUGUCGAGUUUAAUCGCGUGCGGUUUGGGACUGUGCGCGGGAUUGUUGAGGGGUAUUUGAGGAAGUGUGGACGGCAGUGGGUGGAGAUGGAUGGGUUAUUUAAGUUUAUGUUGGCUUAG